AUGACUUGGGGUAAAUUUGAUAAACGAUCUAAGCAAAGAUAUAUAGCAACAGAUGAAGAACAUGAUUUGGUGCCAAAUGUGGAUUCAUCCUAUUUUGUUCACGAUAUAUAUAGUGAUGAUGAUAAAUUGAAACAAAUUUUUGAAAGUAAUGAAUUUCAACAGAAAACCAAUGUAAGAAAAUUUAAUGCCAUAUCUCUUGGGAAUCUUUUAAAGUAUGAAAUUCCAUUGGGACGGAAAAUACCAAAUUGGAAUCCUGAAUCAACGGACAUUCCCAAUAAAAUUUGGCUAAACAAAAUUUGGAAAUUUAUUUUGGAAUCAAAUGUUAGUUUGGAAGUAUUUUUACAUUAUCCACUUUUAGAGGUUAUACGUCCAACAAAAGAAUUGACAUUUUUAGACUCAAGACAUCCCUUAAUGGAAUUACCUAAAGAUGACACUCAUUAUGAAGAAUUAAUUCAAAUACUUGAAGCUUUAGGAAUUAGAUUUACUAAUCAUCCCUGGGAUGAAAAACUAAAUGAUUAUAUCUAUAAAUGGACACCAAAAGAAGUUUUAAAAUCAAUACAUUAUGCAGAACAAAAUGGCAAAACCUUUGACGUUUUGAAUGACAAAUCUAAGAUUAAGGCGUUAAGAAAUUUUAUUGUUGAAAAUUGGAAUAGGUUUAGCUCAAGCGACGGAACAAUAG